AUGUUCCACACAGAACAACUGUUUGGGGAGAGCAUCUUCACUCCGCAGAAGCCUGUACGUCAAGGGCAGCUGCUGGCUGAAGGCAGGGCCGGUUUCAAGGAAGUCUGUGAGCGUCCAAACGGCUCCUGCCAGGAAUUCUGCAUCGACUCAGAAAUCCAGGCUGGGAGACGUGUGGAUGGCCGACCAUACCGUCUGCCCAUGGUGCACGUGCCUGAAGUCGACCCUGCUACACCCAAGGAGCACUGA